CUGGUACUGCUGGCAAAAAGAUGGGAAAAUCAGAUAGACAUCUACCGAGUUAUUAACAUAAAAUGACGGUUUUUGCAGCUGAUUUCCAUUUGACAGAGGAUUCAGUAUUGGCACCGGUUUGAGCUCCACCAGACAACGAGAAAGAUUGGUGUCAUAAUUUGUAAGACGGGAGAGCUCCUGCUGGAAGAGGAAAGUCUGUCUACAUUGUCUCAGCGUCAGACCUCUAUAUUAUCAUGAACAUUGCGCCCACAGUCUCCACUUGAAGCAGGAUCACCACCACACAUUCACACAGUUAGUGAAAGUCACAACCACAAAGUUAGUUAGAAUAUAUAUAUACAGAUACUUGAGGUCAUAUUUCACUUUUGCUGUCAGCUCAAUUCUUCUAUUUAGCGGAAGAUGUAUGGUAGUGCCCGCUCUGUUGGCAGAGGGGAUGCCAACCAUAGUGGAGGAAGAGAUGGAGGUGGUACUGGUAAUCAGGGAUCUGGCCGUUCCCCUCGCCUUCCCCGCUCUCCUCGGAUGGGCCACCGUCGCACCAACAGCACUGGAGGUAGUGGAGGGGGUCCUGGAGGAGCGGGAGGCAAGACACUUUCCAUGGAGAACAUCCAGUCCCUCAACGCUGCGUAUGCCACCUCAGGACCAAUGUACCUGAGUGACAAUGAGGUUGCUAUGGGAGGCGACCACCUUCCCAAAAGUGGUGGGACAGUGACUACCAUGGGGAGACAGAGGGUGACAUAUGGGUCACGGGGCAACAGCAGUGGAGUUGUGGCCGCCAGCACCCCCAACAUCUCCACCUCAGUGCCUGGCAAUGCUGUGCUGCCAGCAGGAAUGAUGGCAGGCGAUGCUCUAGCUUUUGGGGACCACCACAUGGCCUCCACUGUGCCCCAUUCUCUAAGGCAGGCCAGAGACAACACCAUACUGGACCUGCAGGCCCAACUGAAAGAGGUUCUCCGUGAGAAUGAGAUGCUGCGGCGAGAAGUGGAAGUUAAAGAGAGCAAGCUCAGUUCCUCCAUGAAUUCUAUCAAGACCUUUUGGAGCCCAGAAUUAAAAAAGGAGCGAGCUCUCAGGAAAGAUGAGGUGUCAAAGAUCACUGUCUGGAAGGAACAAUAUCGUGUGAUUCAAGAUGAAGCACAGCACCUCCAGAUGACCGUUCAGGCUCUUCAGGAUGAGCUGAGGAUCCAGAGGGACCUGAACCAGCUCCUCCAGCAAGACCCCGCCAGCCAAGGCCGUGACCUGGCCCUGACGUCUGAACCUACGGAGGAGAACUACCGGCGGCUACAGGCCGAGCACGAGAGGCAGGCCAAAGAGCUCUUCCUGCUUAGAAAGACCCUGGAGGAGAUGGAACUGAGGAUUGACACACAGAAGCAAACUCUGGGAGCCAGAGACGAGUCCAUCAAGAAACUUCUGGAGAUGCUGCAGAGCAAAGGGCCAUCUGCCAAGGCAUCAGAGGAAGACCAGGAGCGGACCAGGAGACUCGCUGAUGCAGAGAUGCACAGGCAUCACCUUGAGAGCUUACUGGACCAGAGAGACAGAGAGAUCACUGCAUUAAGAGAGCAGGAGCUGCACCGGCGAUACGAGGGAACCCCCGAGUCCACCAAAACUAAAGCUCUACAGACUGUCAUUGACAUGAAGGAUGCAAAAAUCAAUUCAAUGGAGCGGAGCCUGAGAGACAUGGAGGAGGAGCUGCUGAUGCUGAAAUCCAACGGACUCCUGAGCUGCGAGGAGCGUCAGGAGGAGAUGAAACAGAUGGAGGUCUACCGCAGCCACACCAAGUUCAUGAAGAACAAGAUGGAGCAGGUGAAACAGGACCUCUCCAGGAAGGACACUGAGCUUCUUGGCUUGCAGACCAAGCUUGAGACGCUCACCAACCAGUUCUCAGACAGCAAACAGCACAUUGAAGUCCUCAAGGAGUCCCUCACUGCCAAGGAGCAGCGAGCUGCCAUCUUGCAGACAGAGGUGGAUGCCUUGCGCCUGCGCUUGGAAGAGAAGGAGGCAACUCUGAAUAAGAAGAGCAAGCAGAUCCAAGAAAUGUCAGAAGAGAAAGGCACACUCAACGGGGAGAUCCACGACCUCAAGGACAUGCUGGAGGUUAAGGAGCGCAAAGUUAAUGUGCUACAGAAGAAGAUUGAGAACUUGCAGGAGCAGCUGAGGGACAAGGAGAAGCAGAUGAGCAGCCUCAAGGAGAGAGUGAAGUCUUUGCAGGCUGAUACUUCCAACACUGACACUGCUCUCACCACACUGGAGGAGUCUCUUGCCGAAAAGGAGCGCAUCAUUGAGCGUCUAAAGGAGCAGCGAGACAGAGACGAUCGGGAGAAGACAGAGGAGCUUGACUGUAACAAGAAGGAGCUGAAAGAGUUGAAGGAGAAACUGAGUUUACUGCAGGGAGACCUGUCAGACAGAGAGACGUCUCUGUUGGACCUGAAGGAGCAUGCAUCAUCCCUGGCCUCUUCGGGGUUGAAGAAGGACUCCAAACUCAAGAGUCUGGAGAUCACCUUGGAGCAGAAGAAGGAGGAGUGCCUCAAACUGGAGAACCAGCUUAAGAGAGCUCAAAAUGCAGCCCUGGAGGCUCAGGCCAACACAGAGCUGGCCGAGCGCAUUAAGAACCUUGAGCAGGAAGUGGCUCGCCACAAAGAGGACUCUGGCAAGGCCCAGGCUGAGGUGGACCGCCUGCUGGAGAUCCUUCGGGAAAUGGAGAAUGAGAAGAAUGACAAGGACAAAAAGAUCAGUGAGCUGGAGAGGCAGAUGAAGGACCAGUCGAAGAAGGUGGCAUCUCUGAAGCACAAGGAGCAGGUUGAGAAGAGUAGGAAUGCUCGACUCAUGGAGGAGGCCAGGAAGAGGGAGGACAACCUGUCUGAGAACUCCCAGCAGGUGAAGGACACUCUGCGUCAGAAGGCGGAGCGCAUAGAGGAGCUGGAAGAGGCCUUGAGGGAGAGCGUUCAGAUCACAGCUGAGCGAGAGAUGGUACUGGCGCAGGAGGAGGCGGCCAGGUCGCUCCAGGAGAAACAGAUGGAGGAGCUGCUGGGGGCCAUGGAGAAGGUGAAGCAGGAGCUGGAGUCCAUGAGGGCCAAGCUGGCCUCCACCCAGCAGUCUCUGUGUGAGAAAGAGGCACAUCUCUCAACCUUGCGAGCUGAGCGCAGGAAACACCUGGAGGAGGUGCUGGAGAUGAAGCAGGAGGCGCUGUUGGCUGCUAUCAGUGAGAAGGAUGCGAACAUUGCCCUGCUGGAGUUGUCCUCCUCUAAAAAGAAGAAGACCCAGGAUGAGGUGGCUCUGCUGAAGCGGGAGAAGGACAGACUGGUGCAACAGCUCAAGCAGCAGACCCAGAACAGAAUGAAACUGAUGGCAGACAACUAUGAGGAUGACCAUCUGAAGAUUGCCCCUGACCAGACAAAUCACAAACCCUCUCCAGAUCAGAUGAUACCCCCUCUUCUAGCCCUGUCCCAGAACCGCAGUAAGCUCAAGCUCUACAUCGCCCACCUGACAGACCUCUGCCAUGACCGGGACCCCAGCAUCCUCAGCCAGCUCACACCGCCCUCUCACUACCACCACAGCGACCCUGAAGACUGGGAGGAGGAGCUCCAGAAGAUGAGUGCCGAACAGUUGGAGCGGGAGCUGGAGGUGUGUGAGAAGGAGAGCGGAGAGCUGCAGGAGUACGCCAACUCUGUUCUCCAGCAGAUCGCAGACUACUGCCCCGAUAUCCUGGAGCAGGUUGUCAAUGCCCUGGAGGAAUCAUGCUGACAACUCUGACCUCAGACAGCUGCCGCCUGGUCUUCACAUAACCUGUAGCUGAGCCCCCUACCUCCGCUCAACGAGGCUCCUGGAAGGAUGAAAGCUGGGGCAUUAUCUCACCCCCACUGAGCUUUUCUUCCUCGCUCCCCUCGUCCACCCUGGAACAAACUUUCAUUCCUAAGCGCUUUCCUGUCUCAUGUGUCUCUGUAAUGUCAGGCCUGGGGAAUCGAACUAGGGAUUUUCACAAAGUCUCUGGAAACGUCGUCAUAUUUGGCACUGAUAAGAUAUCGGAUUAAUCAAACUGAGGUCUGCUCAUGCAAUGACAGUCCUGGCAGAAGGUGGAGUCGCAGCGGGAAGAGAAGUUAAAAUCUCACCCUUUUAGCAUUCGUGAACUCACCAGAUUCGCUUGUAGUAUAUUUAGAAAAAUAUCAGUGCACACCUGUAAGUCAGGGACAGGUGCGUUGGGAGAGACGGGAUAUCAGAUGAUAGAAGCAAACUUCCGCACAAAGUCUUGGAGUAUACUGCCAACCUUCCUCUCCCUAGACGUCUUCAUUCACAGCAGGAAGUGCUAGAUCAAGCACAGUUACCUCACUCACUUCUAUCUCAGUCUUUUACCUCUUAGAUUCCUCUCACAAAUCUUUCAAGUUAAAAGGGGAAAAUGUAUUCAGUUCAUGGGGCAGGAAAGCGCUUUUUGUCUUAGAGAACUGGGGAGCUGCUACACCUAGAGGGGAGCGGAGAGGAGCAGAGUUCAGUGGGUAAAUCAUGGUGCCAUGUAGAUGCUUGUUUUUUAUUUUAGUCAGCGUCCCCUAACUAGUAGGUUGGAACCCAGUCACUAGUUAGAAACACAGCUACUGGUGGCCUAACGCCUCUUUUUAACCAAAUAAAUGCAGCAUGUUCUCCAAACGUUUCCUCUCCCAGCUCGGAGCCGUGGCUGUGCCGUUGUAGCCGGGAUUAAGUUGUAGGUACGUUUUACUGUGUAGUCUGUGGCUGGGUCAUUGGCACGAGAGGGGGAUCAAGGCCUGACCUUUGACACAGAUCAGAGGUCAGCUUUUAGUUACACCAUGUUCUCAAAUAUGAGCGUGAGGGAGAGAGGAAACAAAAAAAAGAAGCUUUUAUUCUUUGUGACGUAUUACGUUUUAGAUGGUUUUGCACACAGUGUCCACUUGAUUAUGAGGUAUGCAAUGUUUCUUUUGAGAACGUUCUCGUGGCCUUGGAGCAUGCACAGAGAUCAGUACUGGACCUAAUGCAGGGAUAUUCAUUUCUCUGUAAUAUUGGUGCUAAGGCAUGAUGUAAGAACUUUUGAUCUGAUCCAGUUAUCAUUCAGUCUCAUCCAAAGUUUCUAUAGAUGUUACUUAAAGCCCAGCUGAUCUUUAGUUUGUCGACUGAAUCACUGAAGAAUACAAGCGAUGCCCCUUUCUUCUUGUUUGUUUUCAGAUCACUUACCAAUGCAAGUGAUGCCUCCUUUAAUUGUAUUUUUUGAAAUCUUCAGGGCUGAGGUUUUUAAUUACUAAGUGCAUCUACAUUUACAAGAGAUGAAAGUCACUUUUCAGCAGAUUUUGACUUUUUAGAUCAGUUUGUAAAUAACGUGAUAUUUAACACGUACAGUGACUGAAUAAAGGUAAUUAAGUGGAAGGUGUUGUGCAUUCUUUUAAAAAAAUAUCAGAAGUUCAAAGCAGUGCAGUUGUCUUUUGUGUCUAAUUUUGUCUGCAGGACAAAAUGUGUGUGUGUGACAGUACUGCCAUAACUUGCGGAAAGUCAUGUUCUAUAGAUAUAUAUAAAUAUAAUACAUAUAUAUAAAAAUGUUUACUGUAUGGAUAUGCAUUGAAUGUUUGCACAGAAUCUUGAAGAGCGAGCUGCUCUGAACAAAAUGACCGUCGAGUUAGUGUCCUCAGCAGAAACUGAGGAAAGAAGUGUCAAAAAAAACAACUUUUGUGUCAAAAUAAUGUGUGAACUACAAACGUUUUCAAACCGUGACUGUGUGAUGGGAGAGUACUUUUCUUGCAUUUAUUUCUAAUCAUUUUUUUAAAUCUAUAUUUUCACCGUAUGGUGAUGUAAAUGUAUUAUCCUGAGAUUCCAGUGUUGUCUUCUUACCUGUUAUGUCAAUGGUUUUUGUUGGUUGAUGUCAUUGACAGAUGACAGCUGAUGGAUAAAAAUAAGUCCCCAGCCAUCAUCGCCCCCCUGCUGUUAUAAAAGGAACAUAAUGUUACAAAACAGUGGAAAAACUGCACCUGGAAGUUCAUUGAUUUCAGAUUAGAUUAAGAUGGCUAAAUUUUACUGAAUGCAGAACACGCACACACCCUGGUUCAGGGAGGAUGUUAGUUGGAUGCUUGUUUUUGUACUUCUUGUCUGUCAAACCUCUCGUAGUGGAGACUAAUUUCUCUCCAUCUCUUUUGACCCCUCACCUUUCACCAAGAAAGCUUUUUGUUUUUUAUUUUGAAGUGUUUCCUUUCCCUUACUUUGGCCUGUGUGUCCCUGCCCUUGCCUUAAUGUCUUGUCAUCUCUUUUUCUCGACUCCUUAUUGAGGAACACAGAGCUGAUUAGGGGGCUUCUGUCUAGUUCAUGAUAUUUGUUAUUUUUCUUUUGCGUUUGUAUAAGAAAUGUACUGCCUUCUGUCUGUUCGUGUUAAGAAUCAAACAGUGUAAAAAGAAAGCAAAACAGACAUGUUUGUGAGUUAUUUGGAUUUUGUAUGUAUGUAAAUAAAUAAAUUAUAAGCCUUGUUUUUUUUUUCUUUUUUUCCAAAAAGACACAGAGAUGGACAUCUGUUCAUUAAAUUACUUCUACUGUAAGCUCCA